UUAAAAGAAAGAGCUGUCAUGUUCUAUAAGAGCAGUUUCCACAGAUAUUUUUAAUUUUUACUAUGGAACAUUUCCUUCUGAUGCGUAGGUAGCAUCUCUUCUCUAGUUGGUCUGCGUCUGGUCUGUGCCUUCACCUGAUGUUGAGAAGAAACCAGAACAAACUAAACUAUUUGUUUGUUAUUGUUUUAACUAUCGCAAUGUUGUCUCCAUGUCGUUAUAGUUUAUUAUCACAAAUAAAAAUAAUUAAGUGUUUGGUAAGGUCAUAUGGAAUUCCAGCCUAUUCAAAAAGCUCCAAAAUUCUAGGAAUUGAAACUUCUUGUGAUGAUACUGGUUGUGCUGUAGUAGAUGGUGCUGGUAAUUUGUUAGGAGAAACAUUGUACAGUCAAAGUGCCAUACAUGUGAGGUAUGGUGGAGUAAAUCCAACAGUCGCUCAUGAUUUACACCGAGAGAACAUAGAAGCAGCUGUUACUGGAGCACUCAAGAAAGCUAACUUUACAAUGAAUGAUGUUGAUGCAAUAGCAGUGACUACAAGACCUGGCCUUUUAAUCAGUCUACAAGUAGGUGUUAUGUAUGCCAAGUUUCUGUCAAGAACACAUCAAAAACCUUUGAUACCUGUACAUCACAUGGAAGCACAUGCUCUGGUAGCAAGAAUGUAUCACGAAAUCCCAUUUCCUUUUCUAGCUUUAUUAAUAUCUGGUGGACACUGCCUUGUUUCAGUUGUUAAAGAUGUUAAUGACUUCCUUUUGCUUGGAAAAAGUUUAGAUAAUGCUCCAGGUGAAGUUAUGGAUAAAGUAGCCAGAAGAAUGAAGUUACGUAAUAUACCUGAAUACUCGCAAGUUUCUGGAGGCCAAGCAAUUGAAUUGGCAGCAACAUAUGCUAAAAACCCUGGAAUGUUUGAAUUUCCAUUGCCAUUAGUGAGGUCUAGAGACUGCGAUUUCAGUUUUAGUGGCCUAAAGGAUUCUCUGGUUCGUAAAUUAAUAAGUAAAGAAGCAGAACAUGGAAUAAUAGGUGAUGGGAUUAUACCAGAAGUGAAUGAUUUGUGUGCUGCUUUUCAGUUGGCAAUAGCUGAGCAUGUGGUACAUAGACUAGACAGAGCAAUUCUGUUUUGUGAAAAGAAUAAAAUUAUUACUGACAAUUGUAAAAAUAUUGUGGUUUCUGGAGGAGUUGCUUGCAAUAACUUUAUAUUUAAUUCCCUUCAGUAUUUAGGAGAGAAAAGGGGGUACAAUGUAUACCGACCACCACCUAGAGUAUGUACUGAUAAUGGAAUAAUGAUCGCAUGGAAUGGUAUAGAAAAACUAAGGAUUCAACAGGGUGUUUUUUCUAAUAUCGACUUGAAGGAUAUUGACCCAGAGGCUCCUUUAGGGAAAAACAUUAUAGAAGAAGUUAAGUCAGCAAAUAUACAAACCAAAGUUACUAGAUUAAAAAAAUAUAUAGUAUCUUACUUUUGUGCUUUAAUUAGUUCCUUGACCCUUAAGAUUAAUUUAAAAGAAAAAUAUGUAUGUAACUUUACAACAUUAUUUUAUUAAGUUAAAGCUAACAAUUUAAAUAUUUUUAUUGUUGAUCAUGCAUGUUCACAAAUGGUUCUUUCUGUUUACUUGGCUCCAGGCUGUUGUGUAGCUGAAAAUAUACAGAUGUUUUAGUUUAUUUAUAAUGUAAA